GCGUUUAAUACGCAACGGUAUUUAGUAAAAUAAACGGAGGGAGGGAUUAGAUAGAGAUAGCUCGACCCUUCGACUAACAUUAGGACAGUUUGAGUUAAGCAAAAGAAGAAACGAGACGGGGUAGCAUCUACUAGCAAGGCCGUCCUAACGUGUAAGAGAAUGCCUAAAUCAAAGGAAAUUGUGUCUUCGACCUCCUCUGAUAGCGAAUCGGAUAGUGAUUCUGACAAAAAGGCCAAAAAGAAGAAACAGGUUGUAGCUGAAAGACCAGCAAAAAAACAGAAAACUAGUGGGGAGAGUUCAAAGGGUGGCUCAGCCUCCAAAGGCGGCGAUAAAGAUGAUAACAUGUUUCAGAUUGGUAAAAUGAGAUAUGUCAGUGUUCGAGAAUUUAAGGGUAAAGUCCUAAUUGACAUCAGAGAAUACUGGAUGGAUAAAGACGGUGAUAUGAAACCUGGGAAAAAAGGUAUUUCUUUGAGUCCAGAGCAAUGGAAUCAGUUAAAAGACCAGAUGUCUGACAUUGAUGAUGCAAUUAAACGAUUCUAAAAUUCAGAGCCACAAAAACUUUCCUGCCAUUUUACUUUACUCUACAUUUGCUUCCAUUUUCUUAUUGAAAAGCGCAGCUUGUUUUUAAGUUUAUACCUGUGUGAAUGGGGAAGAGAUUUGUAACUUGAAACUUUCUACUUGUGUAUAAUAAAGUAUAAUGCAAAGUCCAUUUUUAUGGAGUGCAUUUGUGUAUCCUCUCUGAUUAGAGAGGGAGGGAUUUGUUUGUGUUGUACAAUAAACCAGAACUGGUUGGA